CUCCUGGAGAUAUGGCGUGAUCUUUUGCAACACUUUCCUUAUUUUUGGAUUUUAUUACUCUAUGGUUAUUCCGACUGGUGUACAGAAUGAAAUAAUGGACAGCCCUCAUCCUCCUUCAGGAUCGAACAACAUGAGUAACCAGACCAACUGCAAAGUGUGUCUGGGUCUUGGAGAGGUCCGUUACAAUGCACUAUUUUCGGUAUUGAGAUGGACGGCAGCCAUCUUCAGUCUGCCCGCAGGCUUCAUUAUCGAUAGAAUAGGUAACAGCCGUUCUGCAAUUCUUCUGAGCCUAAUGCCGUUGCUUGGGUCAGUCCUUUUCGCAAUUGGAGCUAUGCCACAUGGUCCGACUACUCUAUCCAUGUACCUAUUGAUGGUUGCUGGGCGGGGCAUACUGGCCGUUGGGGAUGGGACACUUAGAGUACUUCAGGCCAGAGUGGUUGCCCAUUGUUUCCCAGGAGCAACUCUUGUACCCGUGGCGUUUGGUACAGUCGGACUUGUGGGACAAAGUUUAGGUUAUUGUGUAACACCUAUCAUAGCGGCAGCAGUUGGGUUACGCGUCUCUAUAUGGUUAGGUACAGUUGCCUGUGGAUUUAGUUUUAUGUGCGCAGUUGGUCUCGUACUGCUUCUUCAAGAGCAGAAACCCUUGGAAGCAGAUGAUUAUGAAAAAAACACAAUUCCAACACUUAAAGACAUACAUACCCUGCCGACGAUUUUUUGGCUGUUUAUAUUGACAAUGGCGUGUAUCCAGGUUCCUUGGAUCUGCAAACAAACCAAUUUACCAGACUUUUUAGAGUUACGGUAUGGCAUGACAGUAACAGAGGCAGGCUACAUUGCCGGCGUCCCUUCUUUCGUUAUGUUGUCAACUCCUGUCGUAUCUAUAUUUCUGAAGUAUAUCGACUGCCAUGGAGUUGUUCUCACGGCAGCCUUGAUAUGGAUGACGUCUCUUUAUGUUUUAUUGGGAUUCUGUCCAGCCAUCCCCCCCAUAAUCCUUGCCAUAGCAGAUGGAAUAGGUUACACUAUAUAUUCGAUGAUAAUGUGGCAGCUCCUAGUCGUUAUCAGUCCCGCAGCCUUUGUUGGGACUCUUGGUGGUAUUUUCUAUUUAGUGAGACACCUAACAACAGCGCUCAUCUUACUUGCCGCUGGAUAUAUACUGCAGAAACCUGAACAGACUGAUGUGAAAGGCGCUCUGAACUCUUACAAGCAUUUCUUCUUGAUGUUGAUAUUGAUGGCGUCCUCCAGCGUGGUCUUGGUUGUGAUGAUGAAUGUUCUGGAUUUCCGAGUGGCCUGUGCUUUCAACUCAAGGAUAGGCAGGUGGAGGAAAUCCAAUAUGGAAUCAACAGAACUAUUGUCUGGGAUUCAGUUACCGACCACGUAUACAGAAACAAUGGACCACACCUCAAACUGACCAUAAGAAGAAGAGAUGUUAGCUGAACUAUUUUAAUUAACUUGUUUAAAAAUUGUUGUACAAUAAAUAAAGUGUAUGCAUAAAGA